CAGGCCGUGUAGUUCGCGUGUCGCGGCGCUCGCGGGCUAGCGGGAGAGGUGUGUGCUCUCGGGGUGUUGGCGGUUUGAGCGCCCGGUGGCAGCCAUAUCUUCUCUGUGCUGUCUCGUCAGACUGACUUCUGGUGACUUUCCAUUUCAGUUGCUUCAGCCAGCCAAGCACUUCGGGCUGAUUGCCUCCAAACCAGACAGAGCCGCAGCUGACCCCGCCGACCUUUCACCAGGACGAAGGCGUCAUUCGUGCAGCACGUGUAUAGGCAUGUCGCUGGCGUAGUGCGGCACAGACAGACAUGUCCAAGGACGACCUCAUCGCUGAAAACCAGGCGCUGAGCGCGGAGGUGGAGAGACUGCAAUAUGGUCUGGAAGAGAUGCAGCAACUUCUGCGACAGUUGGAGAAGACUUACAUCGAAUCCAAGGGCACCUUCUCCGUCUCCCGCUAUGGCCAUCUCAAAACCAUGAUCAAGAACACCUCUUCCGACACCAUUCUGAGAAAGGCCAAAUCACUGUCGGAGAGCGAGUGUACCCAGGCGCACGAGACGAAGAGAGGCAUGGCGGGCUUGCUGCAGAAGGCGCGGCAAUUCGCGGGAGAAGGAGAAGGGGCCCCUGCUGUGAAUAGAAAGACUUCGGAAGAGAAACGCAGCGGUGGUUCAUCCAUUUUCAAGAAAAUAAAAAAUGCUGCUGGAUUUUCGGACCAACCAGGAGACUUGCACUGCCUUGAUAAGGAUGACAUCCGGCGGGACAACGAACGCAAGAAAAGAGAGAUCGCUCGACUGACCUCUCGAGGCCUGAAGAUCUACAGUCGGUUGAACACCCUUCAGCAGAACUACCAAGCCUCCAAAGUGCACGCAGUCCCUACUCGCUAUCAACAGCUGAAGGACAUGAUCAAAGGCAUUAUUGCGGAGCCAGUCUGAAGUCGAGAACUGUUGAUGUACAUGUCAGUCAUGUAUUCGAUUUUGGUUUUAAUUCCUGCCAUAUUUUUUAUUCUUCUGCUAGCGCACCCAAGCUGAAUGGCCAACUGUUGUUUUCGGGUAAUCCUAAACAACGGACCUUUGUGAUCCUGUGCGACUGUUGUAAUUGCACACAGAAUAAACUGCAUUGUCCUCUGGACUGACACCUUUUCUUUUCCAUUGUUGAUACCCACACUGCAGAAAAACUUAAAACCGUUGUUUGUAGUGCUUACUUUCCAGGGCGUGUGGGUUAAAACCCACAGCAGACUGAACUGUGACCAAGUUGAAUAAACAUAUUGUCUAGUCAUCCGUUUUGAAAAUUUCCCUAUUUCUUCAUACUUUAAAUGUAUAAGAAGAGUUUUGUUUCAUUGGAAACCAAAAUAAUUAUUACUUACCUCCCCUAGCACAAGAGUAAAAGUAGGCAGAUACGCGAACACAUGCUGAUCUUGCUUACCCAAGUUUUAUACCAGUGUCGUAAUCAAUUUAUGUCCUGCUUUUCGUUAGCAGUCGAUACAUUCGAAUAAAUAGGAGUUGAAGCGUAGAAGUUGUUGGCUAUCUGAGACUGCCAUUUGAUUAAAAAAUAUUAAACUGCAUAUUUCGGCAGUAGUUAAUCUCUGAAGGUAGCUUGUACGGAGAAAUACACGACAUCUUAAAUACAUUCAGUAGUUGUAUGCAAUAUCCCUAAAUUUCACUUGAGAUGUAUGUACUUUCUUAAAAGUUUGUUAUUCGGUCUGCAUGUGUGUGUGUGUGUGUGUUGGGGGUGGGCGCAGGAGAGAGAAAGAGAAAUUGAGAGAUUACAAUAACUAGUACUUUAUCAGGUUUCUCUUUUAAUAACAGAAUUUCGAAUUAUUCUGCGUGUGGAAAUGUUUUUAAAUUCAUGCGUUAAGACCUAGUGUCAUGAACUUCAUAACCAUCGCUCUGUGAUCUUUUCACUUAUCAUCAUUUAGUCUCCGUGCAAAAGAGCAACAGUUUCUGCAAAAUAAAGCAUUUUAUUGAAUAAGAAA